ACAGCAAACACUUAUAAACAAAAAUAUUUAAAUAAUUAUUUCUAUAAUUUAUAAUACAUAAAUAAACAAUGGCACACACUGCAGACUACGGCUUAUUGCAAUUCAAAACCUAUGACGACUAUUUGCAGUCCUAUGUGGCAAUCGAGGAUCAACGUUAUUUGUCGAAUACAAGAACACAAAAGAAUUUAGUUAAGCUUGGCUAUAGCAGCAAUGGCCAAUUACACGAGGAGCACGAGUUCUAUAGGCUGAAAGCUAAAGUAUUGGAUCUAAUCAAUCCCAAAGUGCUGGGCAGCCAAAAGUUUGGCAAAUAUCGAAAACAUGGAGAGGAUCCAGUGCUCGAGGCUUUGGCUGCACGCGAGGAAAUGAAUUUAAUACAAAAACUUUCUACCAUAAUAUUUGUGCUCAUACGUCAAACCACUGGCUUCGAUAUCUCCGGCUAUAUCGACUAUGAGAGCAGUUUGCGCCAUUGCAACAUGAAGUCGCGUGGCGCCACCGAUUGGAAGGCCAUCUUUGAGGGCCGCAAGCCGUUGCGACCCAGGCGCAGCGACCUCAGCUACUUGGACUGGCACAACAAGAUCGUCAGCUUCAAUGACAGCGACAACUACGAGACAAUGCAUCAUGGCUCAGCGCUCAUGUUCAAGCACAAAGGCGAUCACAAGAUGAUACCGGUUGAUCUGAAAUUCACUCAUUUUCAUCAGAACGUCAAGCGAACGAUGAUCGAGAGCGAUUUUAUGGGCACUGUAGUUCUAUACGAUCAUAUUGUGCGCAAGCCGGGAGCACUUUGAUUGCGAAACAGACCAAACAUAUUUAUAAUGCAAAUUUGAUAUCAAUCCUCAUCUAUGGAGUAAUAAAAUAAUAUACUUUUCAC